AUGCUAGAGUUUCAGUCUUCCGGCCACCAUAUGGGAUCUGUCCUCUUAGAAGGUCAUAUCUCUGACAAUGGACAAUAUACUGGUGACAGUUUGACGUUACUUGAUGAACCCAUUCGUGAUACAAUUUUUAGAUCAGCUCGCGCCGUUGGUCAAAAGUUUGCGUACGUUUUAGUCCCACGCCAAGGACAGGGGUUGUUGAAAGAAUGGGAUUUGUGGGGUCCGUUAGUGUUGUGUCUUAUCAUGUCAGCGCUCUUGCAUAGCAGCUCAAACUCAGAAAGUUUUGGACAUGGCGGACCAGAGUUUGCCCAGGUCUUCGUUAUUUUUUGGUUGGGUUCAGCAGUUGUGACUUUGAAUUCUAAAUUACUCGGUGGCGCAGUGUCAUUCCUACAAACCGUGUGCGUCUUGGGGUAUUGUAUUUUGCCUCUUGUUAUUGGUUUGGUUAUAUGUCGAUUACUGUUGCUUGCAAGUUCUAAUUCUGUGUUUGUUUUCAUCAUACGACUAUUCAUUGUUAUUUCUGGGUUGGUUUAUUCAUCUUAUGCAUCUUUUAUUUUUGUCCAUCCUACAUUGCCGAAAAAUCGUGUUGCUCUCUCUGUAUAUCCAAUAGUUUUGUUUUAUGUAUUUCUUUCAUGGCUUGUAAUAUCAGUUUCCUAA